AUGGCGGCCGUGCGCGGGGCGCCCCUUCUCGGCUGUCUCCUGGCGCUGCUGGCGCUGUGUCCCGGGGGGCGCCCGCAGACGGUGCUGACCGACGACGAGAUCGAGGAGUUCCUCGAGGGCUUCCUGUCGGAGCUGGAGGCCGAGACCCGGGAGGACGACAUGGAGGCCCCACCGCCCCCGGAGCCCACCCCGCGUGUCCGCAAAGCCCAGUCGGGGGGCAAGCCGGGGGAGCCUCCGGGGGCGGCCAAAGAGGCACCUCUGGAAAAGGCCAAAGACAAAGGGAAGAAAGGGAAAAAAGCCAAAGGCCCCAAGUCGACCAAGCAGCCCCUGGAGGGGCCCCUCAGGCCACCCAAGAAGCCCAAGGAGAAGCCACCCAAGGCCACCAAGAAACCCAAGGAGAAGCCACCCAAGGCCACCAAGAAGCCCAAGGAGAAGCCACCCAAGGCCACCAAGAAGCCCUUGGCCGGGAAGAGGCCCCCCACCCCGACCCCCUCAGAAGAAACCCCAUGGUGGCCAUUGCCCCUGCCUCCCAGCUCCAGCCCUGAGAUGCUGCCCCAGGAGGGAGAAGGGGCCCUCCCAAGUCCUUGGCCAGGUCCAGGAGAAACGGAUUUGGAUCGCCAGUCUGAGCCGGAGGAGGAGACCGAGCCGCCCACAUUGGACUACAACGACCAGAUAGAGAGGGAGGACUAUGAGGAUUUUGAGUACAUCCGGCGCCAGAAGCAGCCCCGGCCACCCCCAAGCAGGAGGAGGCCCGAGCGGCUCUGGCCUGAGCGCCCUGAGGAGAAGGCUGAGCCAGCUGGGCCGGGGCUCGAGGCCCCCACGGAGAGGAUCGAGCCUCCUCUGAAGCCUCUGCCACCCCCGCUGCCUCCUGACUAUGGGGACGGUUACGUGAUCCCCCACUAUGAUGACAAGUGUCCCCCCAUCGGGAUGGAGUCCCACCGCAUUGAGGACAACCAGAUCCGGGCCUCCUCCAUGCUGCGCCACGGCCUGGGGGCCCAGCGCGGCCGGCUCAACAUUCAGGCCGGUGCCACCGAGGACGAUUACUAUGACGGGGCGUGGUGUGCUGAGGAUGACGCUCAGACCCAGUGGAUCGAGGUGGACACCAGAAGGACCACCAAGUUCACAGGUGUCAUCACCCAGGGCCGUGACUCCAGCAUCCAUGACGACUUUGUGACAUCCUUCUUCGUGGGCUUCAGCAACGACAGCCAGACGUGGACGAUGUACACCAACGGCUAUGAAGAAAUGACCUUCCAUGGGAACGUGGACAAGGACACACCUGUGCUGAGCGAGCUCCCAGAGCCGGUGGUGGCCCGCUUCAUCCGCGUCUACCCACUCACCUGGAACGGCAGCCUGUGCAUGCGCCUGGAGGUGCUGGGGUGUCCUAUGUCCCCUGUCCACAGCUACUAUACACAGAAUGAGGUCGUGACCACUGACAACCUGGAUUUCCGGCACCACAGCUACAAGGACAUGCGGCAGCUGAUGAAGGUGGUGAACGAGGAGUGCCCCACUAUCACCCGCACAUACAGCUUGGGGAAGAGCUCACGCGGGCUCAAGAUCUAUGCCAUGGAGAUCUCGGACAACCCUGGGGAUCACGAGCUGGGGGAGCCCGAGUUCAGAUACACGGCCGGGAUCCAUGGCAACGAGGUGCUGGGCCGCGAGCUGCUGCUGCUCCUCAUGCAGUACCUCUGCCGCGAGUACCGAGACGGGAAUCCCCGUGUGCGCAGUCUGGUGCAGGACACACGCAUCCACCUGGUACCCUCACUGAACCCGGAUGGCUACGAGGUGGCAGCACAGAUGCCCACCUUCAGCCCUUCGCCUGCCCCCAGCUCCAGCCCGCGGCCCUGGCAUUUUCCACCCGAGACCACCACAGUGGGCUGGGAGGAGGCGGAAACGGAGACGGAGACCUACACGGAGGUGGUGACGGAGUUUGGGACAGAGCUGGGGCCCCAGGAGGAGGAGGAGGAGAUGGAAGUGGACGAGUUGGAGGAGGAGGAGGAGACAAUCAUGGGUCCAGAUUUCCCAUUCACCACAGCCGAGACCUACACAGUGAACUUUGGGGACUUCUGA